AUGUCUCUUGUCAUAGCAAUAGCAAAAGCCAAGACGAUGGCAAUGAGGAGCAAAACCAACGCCAUAAAGACCCGGCUAACGCUCUUGAAGCUUCUUCAUGAGAAGAAGGUGCUAACGAGUGUUUUCUUGCAAAAAGUUCAUGCGGUCAAGGUCGAUGACAAGUCGAAGGACUACAAAAAGGCUGUUGUGCCGGCGUACAAAUCCACACACACUGAACUGGUGAAGUACGCGGAAGAAGAAGAGGAGGAGGACUACCCCUAUACUACCACAGACUCGAUUCUGGAAUCGGAGGAGGAAGAUGGUGAUCGGUUGGAGAGGGGCACAAUAUCAGUUACUGAAUUUAUUAGUUCUCCAGGGGAUGGGUCAGACCUGAGCCUUAAGAACGAGAUCGACAAAGCUGCUGAUUUGUUCAUAAGAAGGUUUCACAGGCAAAUAAAAAUUCAGAAACAGGAGUCCUUCAAGAGGUAUCAAGAGAUGCUGGAGAGAAGUACUUAG